AUGGAGUCGGUCUAUUCCGAGGGGGAGAAGCCCCAGAACCACAUUGCGCGUCUGAACUCCGACUCCCGCGCGGUCCCUUCGAAACCAUCCUAUGGGAUCGACUCCCCACUGGGCCUGCUCGCGUCCUCGAUCCUCGCCCCGCUAUACCUCUAUGCCUCGCGGAAGGGCAAGUUCGCGGUCUGGGAUCGACUGCUCGAUGAGCUCCCCAGUGAUAUUCUCACGGCGCCCGCCCUCGACAUCGGCUGUGGCCGCGGGCUCGUUCUUUUGAAAAUUGCACAGAGGAAAAAGAGGCUCCAGGCCACCGUUCCGCCCAUCUACGGCGUCGAUCUAUUCAUCACCGGUGACCAGAGCGGCAAUGCGCCCGAGGCAACCUACGACAAUGCCGCGAGUCUUCAGCUCACCGAUUACACGGUUCUGCACACUGCCGACUUUACUCAAUUACCCUUCCGAGACGGAGUGAUGUCCCUGAUCACGGCGAGUUUGUCGAUCCACAAUGCCGACCAAGCAUCGCGGGACAAGGCGAUUCAUGAAGCGGCCCGAGUGCUUCGGCCAGGGGGAUUUCUGGUUAUUCUCGAAUUGGGAGGAUAUGUUGCGCAAUACCGAAGGGUUCUGGAGUCGGACGGGUGGAGUGAGAUCGAAACGGAGUUUGGGGGAAUGCAGGUGAUGUUUGGGGCGUGGCCAUGUCAGAUCUUGAAGGCUCGAAAGCCACGAUAG